UUAGUUCCGUCUGUAACUGUUUCCCAAUACUUCUUUCCCCCCUAUUCUGCCUGCUAAAGAAGUGAAUUUCCAGGUAACAGACCGGCAUUUCUCCCGGUUCCGAGGAUAAGAUGAAAGCGGUGAUUCUUGCCGCCGGCUACGGGACCAGGCUCCAGAGGGACGUGGCGGCCGACGGAAGCGGCAGGUUCGCUCACCUGGCCGGGACCGCCAAGCCGCUGCUGCCGGUGGGACGGUGCGCCUUGAUAUCCCACUGGGUGCGCGCGCUCACCGCAUCCGACUGCGUGGACCGCAUUUACGUCGUUACUAACGCCGUCUACCUCGCCGCUUUCGAAGAGUGGGCGUCGCAUUUCACAAAUGUCGAGAUCCUCAGCGAUCGGACGACGAGCAACGAUGGGCGUCUCGGUGCCGUCGCCUGCCUGCAACUUGCAGUAAAGCACUUCGCCGUAGAAGACCAUGUCCUCGUAAUCGGGGGUGACACCCUCUUCAAGGAAGAUUUUAGCCUCUGCAAAGUAAAAGAGAGGUUUUCUGACCUCCAAUCAAAGUGCGAGGACAGCUGCCUGGUGCUCUCGUACGAGUGCAGCGAGCAGGAAACUCGGAAAUACGGGAUCCUGGAAGUCGACGGCGAUCUCCGCGUCCUCUGCAUGAAGGAGAAGCCUCUUCCCUCCGAGACGACGUCCAGGAGAGCAUGCCCAUGUUUCUACGUGUUUUCAAAGACAAGUCUUCCUCUGUUGGAUACCUUUCUGGAGGAAAAGAAGGAGGCUCCCAUUGAUGAGAAAGAUGCCCCGGGGAACUUUGUCUCCUGGCUCAUUCCAAGAGAGCCAGUAUACAUCCAUCAGAUUUCUGGGCGUUUCGAUGUUGGAAACUUGCCUUCCUAUAUCGAAUGUGACCUUUACUUCAGGGAAAAACUUCAAGAUGUUGAGUCUUACAUGGUGUAGGAACUGGACAAAAACACCAUAUUUAUGCACUGAUAACUAAUCAAAUGGACAAAUUCAAGAAUUGGAACUGUAAAUAAGACUUUAAAUAUGAAUUGUACUCCAAGGGAUUUUAUAAUGAACAUUUUCCAUUUACUUUUUGCAUUAAAACCAAUGAUUCGUCUA